AUGGCCACCACCAGGUUCAGUCCAGUGCUCGCCCUUGCUCUCCUCAUCAUCACAUGCUACCUGGCCUCCAUUUCGGAAGCCCAGUCCGUGGCCGCUGGACUCUUUGCGCUGAACGGCAGGACCACGGCCGGAGCGAAUAGCAGCCAAGUCGACUGGGAUUCAAUCUACUCAGGUCAGUACCCGGCCUUUACCUCGGUGUUCGUGAAGGACUACUUCACAGGCACGUCCGGUAGCCAGCAGAGGGACCCGUCGUCCUGGUUCCAGGGCCUCUCCAAAGACUCCUACGACGUCCCCUACUGGCGGUGGACCCCUUAUCUCAACACCAACGACAAGGGCAACAUCUUGAACGCCUAUGCCGCGGUCCUGUCUGAUAAUUCGACCGGGCGGGUGUCGAUGUACUUUGGCCUCGACCGGGAGGCCCAGAACGGGGCUGCGACGGUGGGCUACUGGUUCUUCCAGGACGGCCGCGUGGGACUCGGAUCUGCAGUCAGCAGCCAGGCCUACGCCUUCAACGGGCAACACAUGGACGGAGAUCUGCUGAUUGUUGCUGACUUCCCUGCUCAGGGCAGUAGCACGCCGGCCAGCAUCAAGCUUCUUGUCUGGCGAGGCGGUAAUGUGAGCCAAAUCUUUUACACGGACACGAAGGCCAAGUGCGACCCCAACGAUGUAACGCAGGUGGUCUGCGCCAUCACCAAUGACUACGAGAACAUUACUUCGCCGUGGUACUACAACGGCAAGUUUGGCAAGGGCUACGCUAUCCCAGCCCGGAACUUCUUUGAAGGUGGUAUUGUGGUGAACGGGCUGGUGGCCCUGGCCAAUUUGACCCGCAUGCCCUGCUACUCAUCCUUCCUGGCCACGACCCGCGUCUCCAACGCGCUGAACGCCAUCUCGGAGGACUUUGCGUUCGGCGGGAUGAAGAAGUGCGGUCUCGCCAUCGAUGCCGAUUGCCUCGGCGGCCAACAGCUCGUGCUGGACCUCAACGCCACCUACACCGUUCCUCCCUUCGAGUGGAACUACACCGUCUCCGUCACCAAUUUGGGCUACAAUGACCUGAUCGAUGUCGUGAUCGAGCUGAACGACGAGGUUCUCUACGACGUUGGCACGCUGAAGAGCCUGGAGACCUUCGCCGAGAACGGCACCAUUUCGACCAACACGUCGGACAUCGACAUGGUGUUCAAGGCCGAGGCCACCGGCAACAUCGCCUACUCUGUGGUGGACAGCAGCAACCCGUGCUCCGAUCCCGUGCCCGUGUCGGGUGGUGACACCCUCUCCCCCGGAGAGGCGGCCGCCAUCGCCAUUGGUGGCUUUAUUGCUGCAGCUGUCGUUGUUGGAGCUGUUGCUGGCCUCGUGGCCGCAGGUUACCUGGCAAUGCGGAAGAUGAACGCUGCCCCGCCCCCGGAGGAGAUAGUCCCCGUUGAGAUGGAUGGCCAAGGGAACGACGCGGCUGGUGUCAACAGUCUGUUCGAGGACAAUGUCACGGAGGGGACCAACCCGAUGUUCCACUCUCCUUCUGUCUGA